GUGAUUAUGGAUAAAAAGGAAACAAUAUAAUUUAAAAAAAUAAUAUUUUUAUAAACAACUUUCAUUUAAAGCACGAUUUAAGAUAGACAAGAUAGAAAAACCAUGAUUUAAAAUUAAAAUUAAAAAUAAUUGUAUACAAAAUAGUAUUAUUUUUACACUAUAUUUGGUAGGUAUCUGUAAUAAUUUCUAAAUUAAGUAUUAUUGUAGAUAAUUAUGAUUUUGAAUUAAUAUUUACACAUAGUUAUUAUACAUUUCAAGAAAAUAAUGUUAAAUGAUUUAAUUUUAAUUUGUAUUAUAUUUUGGUUAGAGUCAUAGACCAUAUUAUACUCAUAUGUAGACAUAGAUAUUAUACAUAUAUUUGUGUAUGAAGACAUGUAUAUAAUAUAAUAUGAUCUAUAGUUACUAUUUAAUAUGUAAUACUAGUAAAUAUGUCUAUGGUUAUAGUUUAAAAAGAUAAAAUGUCUGUCAGUGACGAAGAAGAUUUCAUUGGACCACCAAUACCUGAAGGAUUAAAAAUGGAGAAUGAACAAGUUGAAAAAUUAACUCGUUCAAAUGACAAUGAAAGUGAUGACGCCAGCGAUGAAAGUGAUGACGCCGCCGAUGAAAGUAAUGAUGACAAUGACUCAAAAAAGACAGUAAUUCCUAUAGAAAGUCAAGUAUCUUUGAACCAUGGUAUCAAAGCCGUCACUGCACUUUGUGUCGAUCCUCCUGGAGUGAGAUUGGCUAGUGGAUCUGUGGAUUAUGAAGUUAGACUUUGGGAUUUUGCCGGUAUGGAUCAAACAUUAAAAAGUUUCCGUACUCUGAAUCCUUGUGGUAAUCAUCCAAUAAAGUGUCUGAAAUAUUCACCAACUGGAGACCGCCUUUUAGUGAUCUCCGGUAUGUCUCAAGCCAAAGUAUUGAAUAGAGAUGGUCACGAGCUAUGGGAGUGUGUUAAAGGUGACCAGUACAUAUCAGAUAUGGUAACUUAUUUAUAAUACUAUUUGUUUAAACUUAAAUAAAAACUAAUAUGUACCAUAAUUCCUCAGCAUCAGAACAUUAGUAUUCCAAUAUAAAAACCAAUGUUUUGAGUUAAUAAUAUAGAACAUAUUAUAGAGUUAAUAUUUUAAGUUAAUUAACUAGAGUGUAGUGGACAAAAGCAUUAACUAUUUAAAUUAAUUGUACUGCAAUAGAUGGUGUAUUAAAAAUACAAUAUUAUUCUAUUUAUGGCAACCAACCACCUAUUAUUUUCUUGUUAAACUUAUUUAAUUUUUUAGAUACAUAAAAAUAUGGUAAUACAUUGAGGAAACUACAUUUUUUCCAUAGGAAAAAUUGUAUAACAUAUUAAAAAAAAAAUCCUAUUUAUUUAAUACUUUGUAGAUAUUGGGUUCCAUCAAAUAUAUUAAUUUUACUUAUACUUGUAAAAAUAUUAAUGAAAUUGAUUGCAUAUAUUGAUAUUUUAUUUGAAUUUUAAAUAAUGAAUACUGGGCCUUACUAAGAGAACCAGUGUGGAGCCGGGGAAAAUAUAGGACAAUAUAACUGUAAUAAAUAAGUUUAGUAUUAUUUGAUUCAAUUUAAUAAUUGAAUAUUUUUAUUGUUUUGUUUAGGUUCGUACUAAAGGACAUACAUCUCCAUUAACUUGCGGUUCAUGGCAUCCAAAAAAUAAAGAAGAAUUUUUAACUAGUUCAGAAGAUGGAACAUGUCGUAUUUGGGAUAUGACCACAAAAGAUAAACAUAAAAGUAUUAUCAAGUGUAGAGCCAAAAAUGGUUUAAGAACCAUACCAACCACUUGCAAUUAUAGCAACGAUGGGAAACUAGUUGCUUGUGCUUGCAGAGAUGGAUCCAUCCUUGUUUGGGAUACCAGAAAACCGAGUUUUGUUAACGCUACGUUAACCUUAAGAGAUGGGCAUUUAAAUAAUUCUGAUACUUCUUCUAUUGUAUUUUCUUAUAGAGAUACUUUAUUGUGUACACGUGGUGAAGGUAUUGAUGAAACAUUAAAACUUUGGGAUAUAAGAGCAUUCAAGAAACCUAUUCAUGUUGUUGAUGGGCUAUAUUCAAGGUAUGGUUUUUUGAUUAUUUUAGUAAUUAAUGGUACUCAAUACAAUUAUUUAAAAAUAACUUAAAUUUUUACAGAUAUUCUACUACAGAUUGUUGUUUUAGUCCAGAUGAUUCAAUAGUAGUAACUGGUCAUUCGGUACAACCAAAGAAAGAAUUAGGAGGUCAUUUAAUGUUUUACAAUACAAACUCGUUUGAACUUCUUGAAAAAGUCAAAGUUUCCGAUACACACUCCAUCAAAGUAUAUUGGCAUCCAAAGCUUAAACAAUUAUUUGCAGGUUGUGGCGACGGAACUGUUAAGGUGUUCUAUGAUAAGGUCAACAGUCAUAGAGGUGCAAUGUUGUGUGCUUCAAAACUUCAUACCAAAACCAAACAAAUGGAAAUGGUACCAACACAACAAAUUAUAACACCACACGCUUUACCAAUGUUUAGACAAGAUAGGAAUAAAUCAUUCAAGAAACGUAUUGAAAAAGACAGAUUGGAUCCAGUCAAAUCAAAGAGGCCAGAUUUACCAAUCAAAUCUGGUCAGGGUGGUCGUGUCGCUGCAUCCGGUAGCACUCUUAGUUCGUAUGUUAUUCGUAAUUUGGGACUAAGUAAACGGGUAGAAGAUGACCAAGAUCCAAGAGAAGCUAUUUUGAAAUAUGCUAAAGAUGCAGCUGAAAAUCCAUAUUGGAUUACCCCGGCUUAUGCUAAAACACAACCAAAAAACGUCCUUGAAAAGUCAGAAGAUGAACCAGAAGAAAAGAAAAUUAAAUUUGCAAUUGGUCAACCCAAAAAAGAAUAACUUGAAUUUGUUUAUGACAAGGAUUCUAAUAUGGCAGUAAAUUUAAACACACACAUUUGAAACACUAUAAUAAAAUUGUAAUUAUUGCUUCUAUGUGAAACAGAUUCAGUCUAAAUUAAUAACAAUAUAAUAAUGUUUUAUGAUAACAAAACAUCAACUCUUAUGACAAUUAUUGUUUGAUUAAUGUAAAUAAUAUGUGUAAUUGUGAAUAAUAAUUAUAGUUUUUCUAUUUAGUAACUAAAAUUAUUAUUAUUUGCCUACUUGUAAAAAAUAGUAAUUAUUAUUGUAAUAAUAAUAUUAUGUUAAAAAUUUUAAUUUUAAAUUCUUCUUGAUUGUCGUCUGAAUGAGCAAUGUUGAUGCCCUCUGGUCGCGUAAUGCUGUGUUCUACUGGAAACCGAAUCUCCUGUAACGACCAACUGUACUGAUUCUGUAACACCUCUAUUCUGAAUUCUGGUGUCCCACUCUUGACUUAAACGUCUAUAUCAAAUAAAUAAAACAAUAUUUUAAUUUGUAUCCGUAUUAAAUAAUGGAUGUAUCUUAAACCAUUUAUACCUUCGAGCCUUAUGGAUUAAUAAUUGUGUGUCAAUUGUUUCAAUGUAUUUACUUUCAGCUGAUAAUGCGGACUCAGUUCUGGAAACAUCAGCAGAGAACAUGUCUCUUGGCUAAACAAAAUCUAUGAAUACUAACUAUUUUUAAUUAUCAUAAUAGAUAAAAUUAGAUAGGUACCGUUGAUUGUGUUCUUUUAAUGUUUCGAUAAGGCUUGCGCAUAUAAUUGUUUUUUCUUUGCAAAGCUAGCCUCCUCGCUUCUAGUUUGUUUUCUUCUAAACAUUUGUAUACACUCAACAAAAACAUUAUGAUACUCUUUUACAAUAAUUGCAUUUACCGUUGAGGUCGAAAUGUUCGGACGAUUUAACGUCUGACUUGUCUGGUAGUAAUGAUACCUUCAUAUGCAUAUUGUUUGGACCAUCCACACUGACACACCAACCAUUUUCUGUCGCUGUAUGAAUUAACCAUGCCAUUUAAUUAAAUUGUAUAGAAUAAGAAUAUUUAUUUAUUACUAAACAAAAAACAAUAAAAUUUCCUGGGUAAAAUAUUUAAAACGAAUAUCUUUAGUAAAUAUAUAUUUAUUUAUAUAUAUUUUUUUUUUAUUCUAACAUAUAGAUUAUAGAAUGUUAAAAUGUAUUUGAUUAAAAUAACAAUUUAAUUUUAA